GGGUUCCAGAAGUCGAUGCUGGACUGUCGGGACUGCGAAAGCGCUCAGCUGGUUCACCCGGAAUGCAUGCCGAUCCCCGUGCCCCAGAAUGACCCCUUCUAUCCUCCCGUGAACGCGACCAACGGACGUCCUCAUUGCAUCACCUUCGUCCGCUCCCUUCCCGGACAGACGAAGCUCGGUCCUCGAGAGCAGCUGAACCAGAACACGGCGUUCCUGGACGCUUCCCACGUGUACGGGCAGAACAUUUGCGAUGCGAGGAAACUGCGAGCAUUUGUCGGAGGGAAAUUGAAUUUCACGGCUCAUCCGACGAGGGGCAAAGAACUCCUUCCCGAGACGACGGAAAUCAAAGAAUGUCAUGCUGCUUCCGGACAUUGCUUCAUCGGAGGAGACACGAGGCCGAGCGAGCAGCCUGGACUGGCCGCCAUUCACACCAUGUUCCUUCGGGAACACAACCGGUACGCCAGCGAACUGGCCGUCAUCAAUCCUCAUUGGAACGACGAACAGCUGUACCAAAACGCCAGGAAGAUACUCAGUUCCGCCUUUCAACAUAUCACCUUCAACGAAUUCCUUCCCCGAGUUCUCGGGUGGAAUGCCAUCCGCCUCUACGAACUUGACCUCCUCCCUGAAGGAUACUAUGCAGGCUACGACCCGAAGUGCAAUCCGGGGGCACUGAACGAAUUCGGCGCAGCAGCAUUCCGGUUUGGCCAUUCUCUCAUCCGACCACAGCUGCACCGUAUGGACCAAUUCUUCAAUAUGAAGGAACCCCACAUUCAACUGCGAGAUAUGUUCAACAACCCUGACCGGUUAUACGAGGUGCAAAUGUUGGACGAGAUCAUGCGUGGACUCCUCUCCGAUCCCAUCGAAACCCUGGACCAAUUUGUUACAAAUGAGGUCACUAAUCAUCUCUUUGAAGAGCCAAAUCAAAGCUUCACUGGACUCGACCUCAUCGCCAUCAAUCUUCAAAGAGGCCGAGAUCACGGAAUAAGGCCAUACAAUGACUACCGGGUGAUCUGUAACUUGAAAAGAGCGACGGAUUUCGAUGAUCUGGCCAGGGAAGUCCCCCAGGAGGUCAUCGAUCGCUUCAAGCAAAUUUAUGCUAACGUGGAUGACAUUGACCUCUUCACGGGAGGUCUGUCCGAAAGACCUCUUGAAGGAGGACUCAUUGGGCCCACUUUCGGCUGCAUCAUCGGGCUCCAGUUCCGCUUCCUUCGCAAAUGCGAUCGCUUUUGGUACGAGACAGGAGACCCAGUGGUGCGAUUUACCGAAGCCCAAUUACGUGAAAUCAGGAAGGCUUCCUUGGCAAAAUUACUCUGUGAGAACUGCGAUGUUGUGGACAGCAUACAGAGACGAGCUCUUGACCUCCCACACCCAUUCCUGAACCCACGUAUCGCAUGCGGAGAGCUUCCAGCUGUAGACUUGAGAGCUUGGGCUGACCGAGGACCCCCAGCAGGAGGUUGCAACAUUGGAGGGAAGUUCGUUCAAGUUGGACAGGCUGCUCUCCCAUCCCCAUGUGUUCAAUGCACCUGCUCUACUGAAGGACCCAACUGUCAAUCACUUCGUAUCACCAACUGCCAGCAAUUGAUUGCAACCCAACCUCGGGAUGCAGUGAUCAACGAUAGAGUUUGCCGUGCACAAUGUGGCCACUUACUUGUUGCAGAAGGGACAGAGCAGGGUCCAUCACCUUCAGCUCCAGUGAAUAGUUUUGUGGUUCCUCCCCCCCCUCCACCACCACCCCCUUCUCUACCAAUCCAACUUCCACAAGUUCCUGUCCCACCUCAGCCUAUACCACUACCACUACCACAGGCACAACCACAACCCCAACUCCAGCUCCAACCACAACAACCCCAACAGGACUCUCAAGUGUUUCGUCCAUUUCGGCCUGGGAGAGGCCCAUUGAGUGCUUUGGCUGCUCUAUUCCGUGGAUGAGAGGAAACUAUUCUGCAUGUGACAUGGCUUGAACUCAAUGGAUUGCAAAUCUAGUCCUCCCUCUGGCCCAAUCACCAUCCUAAAAAGUCUUCAACUUCCUCCAACCAACUUUGCUCUCGGUUGGCUGUGCCAAUAACCAACUAUUUCUGGAGUGUGUGCUUGCAUCAGGACAUUGAAUGGAUGGAGCACCUUUGUGAUAUGAGAGAGACUGAAGGGUGAACAAGUUGAAUGGAUUGUUGCUCAACUCAGGGUGUGUGGGGGGGAUCAUGCAUGCUUCACAGUAGUGACAAAUUAAAUUUAGUGACAAAAAAAUGACCAAGCCACAGAAAAAGGAAUUUCAACGAAUGUAAUGGAGAUAAGCCCUAGGUAUAUUUAUUCAACUUCUGUCACAUUGUCCCAUUCAUAUCAUUUUUGUUGUGCAACUCCCAUGAAAGAUGACUGAAAGCUGUACACCAUGUGAUUACUUUCUUUUUGCAUGUAUGCAUGUUUUAUGUUGACAUGGCCAGCAAACAUGUUGUUUCCUUUCACUUACAA